UACCAAUGCAAACUACUCUUGAUGCACAGAGACCCAUGCACACUUGCCAUUUCCUUCACACUGCAUUGUAGCAGGUGGUGCUCCAAGAAAACGGGAAAACAGAGAAGUGAAGCUGCUCUUCCAAGGACCCCAUCCCAGAGUGGAUGAAUGUGAUGAUUGCGAGCGUGCUGAGAGAGAAUUCCAAGACACCUCAGUCAAAACUUGGUGAAGGACGUGUUUUUCAGAGGAUCUCCUGUGGUUGCAGAGGAAGCAAAAGGUCAUGGGAUCCUUCGAGUAUUUCGCUGUGCUUGUGCUGGCUGCUGUCUAUCAGUGUGAGGGUGAUACUUAUUUCAACUCGCACUCAACCCUGGAUUCCAAGUACGACCAGUUCGUGUGGAUGAAAUGUAUUCCAGAUGAAAAGCCCCUCUCCUCUGUAUCCAUCCCAGGAACACAUCAAAGCCUAACACACAAGAAGUAUAAGGGUUUUCAGGCAUGGGAAUUCCAAAAUCAGAUGCAUGCAGGCGUGCGUUUUGUCGACAUGACUCUUCGGAUAUUAUCUGGCAAACUGUAUGUAGAAAACAAGGGGGAACCUGAUAUGAAAUUCAGUAAAGCACUGAACCAGAUAAAGCUUUUUGUCAAAGACCAUAAGUCAGAGACUGUGUUAUUGAGACUUGCUGGGAAGAGUGAGGCAAUCAGUCGUGCAAAAGAAGAAUUCAAUCGUGUCAAUGAUGUUGAAGUUUGGAAGGACAUAAAGAUUCCAAAAAUGGGUGAGGUGAGGCGCAAGAUAGUCCUUAUUCAGGGUCCAGGUUUUGAUUGGGGGCUUCCAGUCAAAGCCAUGGAGUUGGGCAAUGAUGAAAAGAAUAAGGAAUUCCAGAUGAAGGCCAAUAUCAAAAAGGCUUCAGAAUACUGCACAAAUGAGAUGAUGCUUACUGACACUGGUGCCCAAGAUAAAGGGGAGGAACCAAAAGAAGUUGCAGAAAAACUGAACAACCAGCUUGGUGACCACCUCAUGAGCCUUUAUAAUGAAAACAAGAUACCGUCAUGUUUGGGAAUAAUUGCUGUCGACUUCCCAGGUCCAAAACUCAUUGAACUCAUAAUCAACAUUAGCUGCUCAUCAUUACCUCAUCAAUCUGGUCCUACGCCUCGAACACCACCAAACUCUGAGCCUGCUACUACACCGGCAACAUCACCAAAACCUGAACCUGUUACUACACUUGCAGCAUUACCAAAACCUGAACAUGUUACUACACCUGCAGCAUCACCAAAACCUGAAUUUGUUACUACACCUGGAACAUCACCAAAACCUGAAGCAGUUACUACACCAGCAGCAUCACCAAAACCUGAAUUUGUUACUAAACCUGAAACAUCACCAAAACCUGAACCUGUUAGUACACCUGGAACAACAUCAAAACCUGAACCUGGUAGUACAUCUGCAGCAUCACCAAAACCUGAGCCUGUGACCACAAUGGCAACAUCACACAAACCUGAACCUGUGACCACAAUGGCAACAUCACAAAAACCUGAACCUGUGACUACAAUGGCAACAUCACCAAAACCAGAACCUGUUAUUACACCUGGAACAUCACCAAAAUCUGAACCUAUUACUACACUGGCAACAUCAUCAAAUCCUGAACCUGUUACUACACCUGCAACAUCACCAAAUCCUGAACCUGUCACUUCACCUGGAACAUCAUCAAAACCUGAACCUGUUACUACACCUGGAACAUCAUCAAAACCUGAACCUGCUACUACACCUGGAACCUCACCAAAACCUGAACCUGUUAGUACAUCUGAAGCAUCACCAAAACCUGAACCUGUGACUACACCUGCAACAUCACCAAAAACUGAACUUGGUACUACACCUGGGACAUCACCAAAACCUGAACCUGUUAGUACACCUGGAACAACACCAAAACUUAAACCUGUCCAAAAGUGGAAGACAAACUGUCACCAUGUUCAUAGACGUAAACACUCUCCCUUAGUUUCCUAACUCACUCUAUAGCUUAUUAUUCUUCUUCUUCUUUCGGCUGCUCCCUUUAGGGGUUGCAACAGCGGAUCAUCUGCCUCCAUCUUGCCCUAUCUACUGCCUCCUCUACUUUUAC